AUGGGCCUUCUAAACGCCAACGACAAAGAGAAAAUCAAAAGAGCGCUUCCCAAGAGUUCCAAUAAGAUUGUGGACGUCACAGUGGCAAGGCUCUUCAUUGCGUAUCCUAAUCGGCAAGAAUGGCAAUACACUGGUCUUUCAGGAGCCGUCGCCUUGGUUGACGACGUAGUUGGCCAUACCUUUUUCCUCAAACUCGUGGAUAUUCAAGGCCACAGAGGUGUACUUUGGGAUCAAGAGCUUUACGUGGACUUCGAAUAUAGCCAAGAUCGCACUUUUUUUCAUACUUUUGAACUUGAAGAAUGCAUGGCAGGUCUCUUGUUCGAAGAUCUGGACGAAGCAGCACAUUUUCUCAAGCGAGUCCAAAAGCGCGAGAAAUACGCCUCCAAGAAGACUCUGGCGAACAAAAACGCCAUUGCAUUGACCAAAAAAUUGCACAAUGAACAAGAAUCACAAGUGGUGCAUGGACCCAGAGGCGAGUCCUUAAUAAGCGACCAAAGGCAGCGCUAUAAGAUCCAAGACGGCCUUGACAUUCCUACGACAAAGAAAAAAGCUCCCCCACCCCCACCACCGACGAAUAGUUCUCUCACACAAACAUAUGAAGCUCCAUCUCCUUUCAGUGGGACAGAAGAUCCAACUACAGACUCAGAAAAUUCGUCUGCAAGCUUAUCGAUAGCGCCUACCCCCGUGCCCCAAGCAACAAAUACUGUACAUAGGCUACCGCCCUUGCCUGCGGGACAAACAUUUGCAAACGCAGAAGUACCACCCGCAACACCCGCACCACCUGCACCGCCUGCACCACCUGCACCACCUGCACCACCUGCACCAUUCGCACCACCUGCACCACACGUACAAACUGCAUCGUCGAUACCUAUAUCCACAGAAUACUCAACACCUACUGUAUCGUCACCUCCACGGUCUACUAAUAACCCGUUUCCUUUCCCCAUUCCUCAAAAUUCAAAUGUAACAUUCCCCCCACCGCCUUCUCAGGGCAUUGGAUCCUCACAAGCACCCCCGCUUCCACAUGCCCAACGGCCUCUUCCUAGCGUUCCUGCUCGAGGCAGGGGUCCCCCAGCACCGCCACCAAGGAGAGGCCCAGGUCCACCACCACCACCCCGCAGAGUCACGUCUAACCCUACAGGCUUCUCUAUGCCUCCUGCUAAUCCCGGGCUACCUACAGCUCCAAUAAUUCCGUCAAGAGCUCCAUCGGGAAGUAAACGUCCAGUGCCACCCCCACCGCCAAGACGCGGAGCUGCACCACCACCGCCACCGAGAUCAUCUAGAGUUACUUCUGGUUCCUUAUCACCACAACCUAAUGUUUCUGUGGCAUCUCCACCACCAAUGCAUACUUUCCCUCAAAGCCCAAAUCCAGGCCAUAUUGCCCCACAGGCUCCCCAGGCCCCACCUGUGUUCCAAUCUAGUAACCAGAACUUCAUGCCACCGCCGCCUCCUCUUCCUCCAACAACUUCUCAACCAAGCGGCCAAAGUUUUGUCCCUCCACCACCACCUCCGCCACCAUCAUUUCAAGCUUCGGCCCCAAGCGCCAUUCCACAACCUCCUUCAAUUCCAUCUAGAGCACCUCAAUCAUCUGGUGCAGUUCCUCCACCACCACCUCCUGCUUUCCUAGCACAAGCACAGCAAGCACCAUCACAGGGCUUGAAUGAAGCUACGGGUGACUCCGGACGGGAUGCUCUACUUGCAUCUAUUCGAGGUGCUGGUGGCUUAGGUGUCUUGCGCAAGACUGAAAAGUCACAGCUCGAGAAGCCAAGCGUCCUCUUACAAGAAGCUCACGGUAAUCCAACAAAUUCAUCGAAUGGCACCACCAGCGGUCCAAGUAAUGGAGGCGGCGGCCCUCCUUCUCUGGCAGAUGCUCUAGCGGCAGCAUUGAACCAGAGAAAAAGCAAAGUAGGACAUGAUGAAGCAGAAUACGAUAAUGGAGACGAUUGGUGA